AUGCCCGAAGCUAGCACAGCAAUGUUCGAAAAGGAUAAUUUCAAUGCCGAGAAAUACGUGAAAAAUCUCGUGCAGGAUUGUGUCGGAGGUCCGGAACUGCUGCAAACGAAACAGAAAAUUCACGGUCUGAGCGAAACCGUGUCGUCAACGUUGAAAAAGCAUGUUUACGAAAACUAUAUGCAGUUCAUCGAAACGGCCAAGGAGAUCUCGCAUCUCGAGUCGGAAAUGUAUCAACUUUCACACAUCCUAAUCGAGCAGCGCAAUUUAUUGACGACGCUGCGCGAUGAAUCACUCUUGGAUGAGCAGAAAAACAUCAUCGAAGAGCAAAGUUUGGAUCCGAACGUGAACGAGGAACAACAAAACCGGAAAGCGAUUCAGCUGAUCAAGGAAUCGUUGCUCGGGUACAAGGGUAACUUGGAUGAUAAAUUUUUCAUCCACGAGGGAGGCCUUAUAGAGCUCGAUUCGAACGACUAUCGGCCGAUCUGUCGGAUCCAUCUGUUCCUGUUCAACGAGGUGCUCGUGUUGGCGAAAGUGAAGCAUGACAAGAAACUGGAGUUUGUCACCGAAUACGAGACAAAAAAGAUCGCCGUCAUCAACAUCAAGGAUCUGGACGGGGUAAAUAAGAACGCAAUCAACGUCAUCACCAGCGACCGAGCGCGGAUCUUCCAGUGCAUCAAUUCGGCCACCAAGCAGGAGUGGAUCGACAAGUUCGAGGCGGCGAUCAAGUUCCACCAAGUGAAGAAACCGAAAAAAGCGCAAGCUCCACAGCCACCAACGAGCCUAAAGUUCGACAUGAUCCCACAGAAGUCCACCGACAGCGAACUGCUUGCUCUCAGCCCCACGGCAUCGGAAGUUGGACGGGUGAUCGUGGAAAAUCUCCCUCCCGAUUGGCUGGUGACGGCACCGGAAGAAAUCCAAGCCGAAAUUGCACAACGUCACUUCGAGGACAGUUUGGCGUUACUGCAAAAGUGUGAAGAGCAUCUGGCCCGCGACAGUUCCUUCCACGGAGCGGCAGAGAUUGGCGAAAAGGUACGGAACUUGAAGGUAUCACUGGCGUCCGUUCUAAUGCACGAACUGUCGAGCUCCCAGAGCCGCAGUCUACAGGCUGCCCUGCGGUCCAGCCGUCGGCCACUGAAGCUACUGGUGGAGAUGGAAAAAUCCCGCGAAGCGUGCACUAUUCUGCUACGUGUCUGCACCACUGCAAUCCGUUCGUCGCAGCGUCAAGCGCGCCGUAAUAAUCUGGCCGUUUCCGAGCUGUUUUUCUGCGACGUGGCACUCGUGGCGAGCGAGUUUCUGCGGGCCUUCAGUGCCAAAGCUUCCUGCACCAGUGCGCUGAUCGUGUGGUGCAACAUGGAACUGCAACACUUUGCCUCACAGCUCAUCAAACACUAUCUCACGAAGGACACCCAGCUCGAGACGGUGGCAAAGGUGGUGGAGGGCGUGCGCGAACCGUGUCUGAAGCUGCGGGAGAUCGGUCUCGAUCUGUCGUACCACAUGGAGGGUCUGUUGCGCAGCACGCUCGAGCAGCUGCUCGAUGAGGCACGCUACCGCUUGGUGGACUCGAUCGGUCGCACCGAAGAUCCGUGGCAGCCGUACAAUCUGCAAACGAAAACCGGACUACGUACGCUGCUGAAAGAGUUCGAGCCGCUCGGGAUCGACUUCCGGCUGUACGUGACGGGCGACACGUGGAUCAAUCUGACGCAGGCGACGGUCAUUUUCUCCCGACAUCUGAUCCAAACGACCGAAAGUUGUGCCUUUCUUGCGAAGUACGAUUCGCUGCAGCGCGACGCGGAGAUGCUGAUCCGUGAACUCUUCCUUUCGCAACAUUCCACCAAGCCACCCAACUCGCUCAACGCCGAUAUGAAGUUCGUGGCAAAGAACAAAACGUACAUGGUGGAGGUGCUGCUUCCAAUUGCGAUGAAUCGGUUCGAGCGUAUUGCUGGCAAAAAGCCGGAACUGCUACUAGAGCUGCAGGCCCAACUACGGACAGUGCCUCCGAAGCCGAAACCCCGCAGUGUCUACCAAACGGAUGUGCUUUAGAGGAACGACGGUGUGGCAAGCAUGUUGAGUUUUAAGAUUAAUUUAUUUAUCGUUAACACAAUUAACCUUAGCUAUGGAUCAACUGGAGCUAACAAAAUGCAUAAUCGUUUCCCAGCGGUUCAUUAAUCGCCGAAGCUAAUUUUUUUUCCCUCAAACUGUUUAAUACCCUUCUGGGCUUGUUUCGCUGCCCACGAUGGAUGCAGAUCGUUGGUAACCGAUUGAAGCUUGGCGGAACGCAUUUCACCGUUCGUUGGCGAAUCCUUGGUUCGGGCGGUUUUUCGGCGUUCGGUUGAAGUUGUUUCGUCGUCAUCGAAGGUAGUCUUUUUACCGGCGAACGGUUUCAGACCUUUCUGGGCCUGUUUUGCGACCCACGAGGGAUGAAGGUUGGUUUCUACUUCCUUCGAGGCAGCUUGCGGUCGGCCACCGUUUGCUCCUUGAUCGCCAAAGAUGAUCUUUUUCCCGGCAAACGGUUUGAUGCCUUUCUGGGCCUGUUUUGCAGCCCACGAAGGGUGGAGAUCGUUGGCGGACUUCACGAUCGGUGCUGCGCUACUAUCUUCAUCGAAGUUUAUUUUUUUCCCAGCAAACGGUUUGAUGCCCUUCUGGGCCUGUUUUGCAGCCCACGAAGGAUGAAGGUCACCCACUGGCGCCCCUUUCGGUUUGGCGCUUUCGUCAUCAAACACCGUCUUCCGGCCGGCAAACGGUUUAAUACCCUUUUGGGCCUGCUUUGCAGCCCACGAUGGGUGCAGAUCCUCGUUGAACUUUCCCUUCGAAGAGGUGUCUUCAUCAAACACAACCUUCUUUCCCGCAAAAGGCUGUAUUCCUUUCUGUUUCUGCUUCGCCAACCAAGACGGAUGUAGAUCCGGUUCCGCUUCAAUCUUUCCUUGGUCAUUUCUGUUACGUUUCGCAGGGCGAGCAUCA